UUGUUUUCAUUUUUUUAUGAAAAACAGUGCACGUUUGGAACUGAGCUUUGCAAGUCAAUAGAUCUCCAGGAGUAUGACUGAACACUCAUGAGAGCAUGUUCACACGAUCAUGUAACAAACAGCAGAGCUUGUGGGUAGUCUGUGGGCAUGCUGCUGUCACUGAAACUAGGUUGCUUACCAAAGACCUACGUAGCCAGGAUGAUACUGUUAGCAAAUGACGGGGGCAAUUAGAGCAGGUGUAUAAGGUCUUUGUGUAGUCAUUGCGAGAUAGUGAGUAGGUGUUCUCCGUAGCCUUGUUUGAAAGUGGUGCAUGUAGGUGUUCUCACAGGUGUUGGUAGCUGGUUGCAACACUGAAGAGCAAGUUGUAACACAAAGUUUGGCCGGCUUGAACUAGUAGAACCCAUUAAUGUAAUAAAAUAUGAAAUCAGAAAUAGCAGAUCAUUCACACUGGUUUGCACAGCAUCAAUAUGUGGUUUUAGGCAGAAGCCAUUAAAGGGAAGUCAGUGAUGAUCUUCCAUCAGCAUUAAAUGGCAGAUAGUAUAACAGGAAUAGUGAAGUUAAGCUGCGGAUUCAGUCACAUGAUUUAAAAACCGACAGAGGCUUUUCAAUAAUGCCGCAAUAAUUAAUAGGAAUCAAGACAAUAAGAGAGAAGAGAAAGAAGAACUUUUUAAUUUACCUAAAGGAGCUGGUUACUAAUUAUUCUGAAUGCACACUUUAGUGUACUUCAUAUGUGUCACAGUUCAGUUCUGUUUUAAUCUUGUGACCUAGCUCUUCUUGAGUUCCUGUCUUUAAUUAGUUAAUUUGCACACCUGUUUUGACUUUUAGUAGAUUCCCCUUUGUAUAUAGCCUCUGUUUUCCUCAUCCUUGGUUCAGUCUCGUCGUUGCUUUGGUGUUUGUGUACAUUAAUUCAUUCUCAUUGUUUAAGUAUUUGAAUUCUUCUUCUUCGUGUCAUCUGUGUGGCUACACCGCAUGACAGAAGACGAACCAUUCCUAAUAUGAAAAAUAGAUGCGCCAUCGCUGCCACCAACACUUCACCACCCAGUUUGGGACUUCAGGGAGAUGCAGUGGUGGUGUUCAUUAUUCGGAAUAGCUGAUGUUUGGAGGACUACACUGAGGAGUUUCUGGACACCUGCCACCUCACCUCCUGUUUGAUGGAGGGAUUACAGGCUGGACGACGACAUUUGCUUCAUCAUGCCCUGGGGAGAUCCAUGCUGGACUUUAAAGAGCUACAUCGACUUUGCCCUGUGGAUGAAAGGUUCUGCAUUCACGGUCGGCAAAGCAGAUGUCGAGGAUUUCAUCAGCAUCCAGCCUUACCACACAGACUUCUCACAGCAUUUGCCCAGAGCUCAGCCUGCCAUCAUUCCCACGCAACACAGAUCGGAGGUCGGCUACACCGAUCAUACCUGGGGGAAUAUUAGUGGUGUAAGAAGGCAUGGAGGAAAGCCCCGCCCACAUUCCUACCACUGAGGGCACCACUUUGGACAAGCAUCCAUCUACCUCCACCUUCCCUGCCAGCCAAGCACUCAGUCCUGUCUCUGCUGCCACCUGUCAUCCCCUCAGCUCACCCUCAACCUGACAUCACCUAUGUGGGUUUGAACUGGGUCUUCCAGUCACCAGUCUCCGCAUAGGCAUGAGGACCCCUGUCUCUGCCACUGGAUCCCUGACUCCACCUCAGCCCUUCGACCCAUCAGCUCUGCCUUGGCUCCAAGCUCCCUGGUCUCUACCAUGGUCCGUCAUCCCACAUGCUCCACCGGGCUCCCCCGUUCCUCCGGCUCUACCAUGGCCAGUUGUCGACCAUCCACCACCUUUUGAUUCCACUCUUCUGGCUUUACCUCAUCCCUCCAUCUCUCUGGCUGUGUCAGGCUCCUCCUUCCAUCUGGGUGCACCUUCAUCCUCAGUUGCUCUGGUCUUCGUCUUGGUCACCAGAGCCUGCUGCUCCGCCUUGGCCUUCCGAAUCCUCGGCAUUUACCCAGGCUCUGUGUCUGCUCAGCUUCGAUUGGGUCUCCAUGGUCGCCAUCCUUGCUGGAGCUAGAAUUGUAGUUAUUACCCUGUUUAUAUAGAGUCCUCUGUUUUCCUCGUCCUUGGUUUGGUCUCGUCACUACUUUGUUGUUUGUGAACCGUAAUUCAUUCUCAUGGUUAUUAAAGCAUUUGAAUAUUC